AUGCUGCGACUAUUCAACUUCCUGCUGCUGUUUAUUAGUGCAUAUGGUUUCGUGGAACUGCCUGGCUUUGAAGGCUGGAACAUCUCCAGCGGCUACCUCGACGCCAAUGAAAGCGGCACCUGGCGACUGUUUUAUGUGUCGGUUCUUGAAUUGAUUAAUGAAACUACUCGGUCUUAACGCUAGUGACCACUUCUGUAGCGUCAACGCUCUUAAGUGGUCCCUAGAGUUGCUCAGAAACGCCCGGAGCGCGUCCGAUUUUCGUUACCAAGGCGCAAAAAGGAAGUUCUUUUCACGAGCAUAGGAUCAUUGAUCAACAUAGUAUCCCAAAAAGUUAAAAUCUGUGUCGCUUUGAAAUUUCAUAAACUCUUUCGCAGGUGUUUAGUGUCUAUCUGGUUUCUCCUGUGGGGUGCAAUUGGAAAAAAAUAUAUUAGUACCUUUUUAGAGGAGUUUUAGGAUAAAUUCUCAAAAAGGAAACUCCACAUGUCCUCCAUAUAAAACUGACACCAGCAUGAUAGACGCAGAAAAUCUUAUGAAUAACCUGAAAAAAUAUUUCUACAAUGCUACAUAGUACCGAGAUUUGCAAAAAUCACGUCCCAUUUUACUUUCCGGUUGAGAAUCUCCUGAAAAUUGGCCAGAAAAAUCAUUGAAUAAGCCUCUUUGAAGUCUCAAUCUGAUAUAUUUCCUUUUUUUGAGAAAUAGAAGCUCAAUUAUUACUGAUUUCGUAUAAAGUUCAAGAAAAUGGUCCACAGGAAAGGAAGUGACCCUCUCAGAAUCCAAGGAUAAGAGCUCAGUUUCGUCUUGAUAUCGAGGUGGUCCCUUUAGGGGUUUACGGUCAGACCCCUUAGCCACAAAAGCUGGAGUAGUCUCUAGAGGGGUCUUUCAACUUCAUUUUUAAAAAACGCUCAUUUAUUUAAUUACUCACGUGAUAAUGUUUUUCCGCAUGAAGCACAUAAAAAUUAUCGAUAAGCAUGUCACCUAUAGGGACCACUUUUGCAAGCUCUAGUGGCCCCUAUAGUGAUUGAUGAAGCUUUCUGAAGCAAUUUAUAAAAAAGAUUUAACGCAUUCAGCGAUAAACAAGAGAUUUUUGGAGAAAUUACUUGAGAUUUUUUUAGCAAGUUGAAUUAGAUGCUAUUUUAAUCCCUUUCUUCGAUACAAUUUGAAAAUUCCGAGUUUUUUCAGACUCGUGGAAGCUCGGGACUUACCAAGAGAAGAAGCUCCUCUGUUGAUUUGGUUCAACGGCGGCCCCGGUUGUUCCUCUUUGGGUGGGUUCCUUGAGGAACUCGGUCCUUAUUACAUUAAUUUCGAUGGGAAAUCCGUUUUCGAAAAUCCGUUCACCUGGGCACAGGUGUUCUUCUUUCAUCAGUCAAUAGAAUUAUCAAAAAAUUCAGAAAGCCAAUAUCUUAUUUAUCGAGUCGCCAGUAGGAACUGGCUUUUCCUACAGUGCCCAGGAAGCCAAUUAUACCAAAGCUGAUGAUACAACGACCGCGGAACAGAAUUUCCACGCGGUUCGGGACUUUUUCGAGAAGUGAGUCCAGGAAGAACAAAAUCAGAGAGUAAGGGGUUCCUUAGAGAUGCCAGAGAAGUGACGGCAGUAUAGCUGUCUGAAGUCUCUUCAGACCGCUUCUGAUUUUUUUUUACGAUGUUCACAUUUUUUUUUUUUUCAAAAGUGAGGUGUUGCAAAAGUGUAGAAGCGAGAGAUCAAGAGCGGUGUGAAGAGACGCCAGCCAACGAGAAAAUUUUUUUUUUCUCUAGAUUCUAUUUCGAAUGGACUAAAAAUGGUCUUUUUACUGAGAACCCGGGGUAAAAAUUGAAAUCAAGAGAUCAAAGUAGGCUUGAAGAGACGCCAUAGAAAGAGAAGGUUCCCACGUCUCUGGCGUCUCUUAUGACUCUCAGUGAUCUCUCGUUCCUUCUUUUCCAAUUUCAAUCGUUUUUGAAUUUACUUUCAGUGUUCCAAAGUUGGAAAACAACAAAAAAAUUCAGAAAACACGUGGAAUACUCGAAUUCGACGUUUUUUCUCAGCGGCGAAUCCUACGCCGGUGUCUAUGUUCCUAUGCUUUCCCAGAAGAUCCUUCAAGCCAUUAAUCAAGACGAUUUCCCAAAUAGGAAUUUCCAGGUGAUUAGGAGAUCUUGAACUUGAAAAUUAAAUAAAACCUUGACCACUCAAAAAUAUUCAUUUUUCACCACAUUGAUCGCCAACUUUGAGGCUGAAAAGUUAGCUUUUGAAUGACUCAUAAAAUAAACGAGAUCUCAAAAAAAAAAAUUCAAAAUUUUAUGAACUUUCAAUACCAAGCUUGGGGAUAAAAAAAUUUGAUUCGAAAGGUCAAUUUUUCGUUUUUUUGGAAUUAUUCCUGAAUCAAAGACUUUUAAUUGAAAAUUUCAAGGAAUCUACUAAAUUUUCAGAGAUUCAUUUCAGGGAAUCAGUAUCGGCAAUGGUUAUAUGAAUGUGAAAUUCUCGAUGAAUACCUUCGUUUUGUGGGCGGCUUAUCACGGAAGGACCUCACCUGAGUUUGAAAUUAUUGAAUAUUCAACAAAAAUCAAUCAAUAUUGAUUUCCAGUGAAUGGGAGAAAAUCAAGGAACUCUGCAAAACGGAAGGGGCCACUGAUGCGGAUCAUUAUGAUUACACUGUAAUCUCUGACAAACUAUAACUUGAUAUCUAUUUUCAGAAAUUCAUGACUUCUAAAAAUGGAAUGGACUUUUACGGGGACAAAAGUGAAUGCGGAAAACUGUUGGAUCCAAUCAUUCGAGGGAAUUUCGAAGAGGAUGAGGGGUAAGAGACUCUUUUUGGAAAAUUUUCCCUGAUAAGCUGACUUUUUUCGCUUUAUUUAAGUUUUUUUAGUUUUUGGAUAAAGGUUGAGGCUGUGGAAAGUUAUAAUAAAAAAGGGGCAGAUCAGGACUUUCGAACAUAAAAAAAUUGAAUUUUUUUCUUGUGUUCUUUUGAAAUGAAAGUGAAUAUUAAUUUUAAUGAAAUUCUUGGAAAUCAAAAGAAUAAAAGCAAAAAAAUCGGCCACUGAGGGAACCGAACUAACGACCUUUAGAAAAUGAGCCUAGCGCAUAGGCGCUGCGCUAUUAAAACUCUUAAAGGUUCGACUGACUCGAAAUUUACUCAUUAUCGAUCAAUAAUGUGUGAGAAGAUAUCAUUUCUGAGUCAAUGAGCAGUAAAAGAUUUCUUUCCAGCUUCAACUUUUUCAAUUUCUACGACGAUUGCUACUACAACUUUUCUCUUCCCAACCCGAUCGAUCCAGUUUCUGAAGCUUUCGAAAAUGUUAAAAAACAUGGCAUAAGGGUAUGUUAUUUCUUCAAAAAAAUAAUAUGGAAUUUUAAUUGUUCAGGGCCUCAUCAACAAAUAUUCCACGGACGGUAACCUUGGUUUCAGUUGCUGGCAAGAUGUCGCCCUGAAAAAUUAUUUGAAUAGUGAAGUUGUGCAGGUUAGGGCUUUAAACGGGUUUAUAACAGAAAAAAAAGUUUUUUUAGAAAGCCCUCGGGAUAGAUGAAACUUGGAGGAAACGCGGUGAGAAAUGGCUUCCUUGCAAGUCAGUUUUCUGCAGAAAAGAUGCGAAAAAGAAGGAAAAUCUUAAGCCUCGUUAUGUAUGACAACUACCACAUGACCUUCAACGACACCUCGCCUUUUUUCGACGAUUUGAUCCAAAAAUCGAAAAGAGAGUCGUUCCGAAUCCUCGUGUACAGCGGCGACGUCGACCUGGCCUGCAAUUUCCUGGGCGAUCAGUAUUUUAUGAGAUCCCUAGCCAAAAGGAAUCGAAUGAACAAGGUUUAAAUUAAACCUUUCAAAAGGUUUUCAGCUGAAAAUUGAAAAGUUGAAGAAAGUUUAAACGCAGUUUCAAGCAUAUCAAAUAGCUGCGCCCGACCCUGAGCUACUUGGAAUAUCUUAGGCUAAAGUUCACCGCCGCGCGCAAGUCUUUUUUCUAUAAAGAUCCUUGAAGUUUGAAGAUUACGGCUGGCUUGAGUCUUCGAAAAAAAAGGGUCCUGAGACGAUAAAAAAAAGAGAAAGUACCUGAUCGGUGUAGAGUCCAGACAGGCCACGCCCCUUUGCGUCCCAAGCUAGCCGUAAAUGGGCUUACCCUGAAGGAACGCGCUGCGACCAAAAAUUAUGGUUCGCUCAAGAAAUCGGGUUCAAACGCAUGUAUAAUCCCUUUUCUCUGAAAAUUGGGAAAGGAUAUUUUUUUACAGACACAAACUCAUCAACCAUGGUUCUACAAAGAAAAUAAUCGUCAAGGCGGCUUCCAGCACCGUUACGAACUCAAAAAUGGCCAUGGAACGAAUAUUUCCAUCGACGUCCUUACGAUUAAAGUCAGUAGGAGGGAGUUUUUGAAAGGAAAUUUUUUAAAUCUUGGGGAAUUUUCUAAGAGUUCCGAGAUGAGUUAAGGUUGAUUUUUCUCAGAAAAAGACUCACAAAAAAGUUUGAAAGGAAACAUUCUAAAAUCUCAACUCAAAUACACGAACUAAUUCAACUUGACAAUGUGAAUAACUUUUGAAACGUGACUUUUUAAAAGUUCGCUGAAUCUCUUAAUUUUUCAGGGUUCCGGCCAUUUUGUGCCCUUGGAUCGACCUGGACCUGCGCUACAAAUGAUAAAUAACUUCCUAUUUCCCACGAACGGACAUCUCGCCAAUUACAGUAUACCUUCUUUUUGAGACGUCGAGAAAUAAACCUUCAAUGAAAAAAUGAAGUGAACGAAAAAAGGAAAUCCGUAUUUUGCAUGGAAAUCGACAGCAUUUCAUACAACGGCCGCGCGAUGGGAUCUUCGGUACUGACUUGACUUGAAUCGAUUGUUUCUUUUAUUGACUCUUCUUGGGUUUUUGAGGGAACUUUGAUGGAGUUUGAGAUGGAUGCGUGCGCCUUUAAACUUUCAGAAUAUGUUAUAGCCUGUGUACCACGACUUGGAAUUUCACCAAACGACAUUCCUCUGUGCCGCUACGCGCCUUUGCGAACCUUGGUCGCGCUUUUAAUUUUUUUUUCCUUCAGUUACUCUACUUUCAUGUGCUCCCACAGCCAUAACAAUCAAUUGAAAGCGUGACCUAAAUUUGAAAGAUGCUUCGCAAACACACGCAGCGGAACAGCGGAAUGUCGUUUCGUGAAAUUUCAAGUCGUGGCACACAGACUAUAUUGAAUAUUCUUUUGACAGUUUUGUCAAAUACCUAACUUUUUUCGGGGAACUUUUGAAUUGGUAUUAAAGGCGCAUAGAAGGUAUCAGUCAAGGGUCUUGAAGCGGAGAUUGCAAAAAAGUUACUGCUUCAUGGAACCAAUCAAACUUGAACCAACUUUCAAACGCUCAGAAUUAAUCAUUUUGUGUUACCAGAAUGAGAGAAAUCCGAAAAAGACGAUGGUUAAACCGAAAAAUGACAAGUACGGCGGAGUUAGACGAUACAAAAGCGGUAAUUUCCAACUUUGGGGACAAAAAAGAUGUGAUAAGUUUCAGUAGAUAAGAUCGGAAAACCGGUGUUCAAUUUCCAAAGAGCGGUCGUUCUUCCGAAAGAUCCGAAAACGCCGAAGACGCCCCAACAAUUGGCGGCCUAUGAUAGUUUUGUUAGAGUUAGUUUUCGAAAGAAGUGCUCUUCAAAGGCCUUUUUUGUUCAGGAAAUAGUUAACCUAGGGGUGGAUGGACUUCUUGGCCAAUGGCAGAGCCUGAAGUCCUACAUUCCUUCGCAACUCAGGCGCGAAGCCUUCGACUCGAAUCAGGAUAAGAAUCGAUACCAAGGUGCAGCACGGUUUUAGAAUUUUGGAGAGAAGAAGUUAUUUUCCAUCAUUGGCUACUAUACAACUGGCUUGAGCCAUCGAAAAAUGGGUCCUGACACGAUAAUAAAAGAGAUAGUGCCUGGUCUGAAAGGGGAAAAUCAACUGAAAAUGUUCUUCUUCUUUAAAGUAAAAGAACAAUUUUUGCGGAGUUUUGAAGCUUUUCAUCUUGUUCAAUCACUUGGAAUAUCAUUGAUAUAAAGGCGCUAAAUUGGGACUUCAAAGGGGCGUGACCUGUCUGCGCUCUCCACAAGCCAGACACUAUCUUUUAUCUUAUCGCGUCAGGACCCCUUUUUUGUUGGCUCAAGCCAGCCGUGAACCUCUGAAAAAAUAUUAAUUUCAAAAGUUUUUUCCAUCGGUAUUAUCCUUUUUUCAACAUUUUUGCUGUUUCAUCCCCCUUUUUUUCAAAUAUUCUCAAGCCCUCGUAUCUAACUAUAUUUUUUUUUCAAAAUUCUUUUUGUAGAAGAAAAUGUUUUUUGAUAUUUGAUAUUGAAGACGUCGUUUGUAACGAUGUGAACCGUGUCAUUUUGCGCGACGGUCGACCGGGCGACUACAUCCACGCCAACUAUGUUCACGGCCUCACUGCUCCGUUUAUUUUGACCCAGGUCUUUUUUCUUACUUGGGUCUAUUUCUAUAGGCGAAGUCGCUUGGAGGUUUCCUUUCAGAGUAGAAAAAGGUUGUUUAGGGAACUUCUAACAUAGGCAAAGUCGGAAGGACCUUUUACGGGCCCUUUGAGGGUCCGUUAUGGAUCAGUCUGUUUCCAUUAAUUGUUCCUGAACGAUGGACAACGGUUCCCUUUUUAUCGCCUUCUUCCGUCCUUUCAUCGGCCUUUAUCCAGUCUUUUUGGACCCUUUUGAGAAUUGCGAAUUUUUUUUUUGAUUGAGAAUAAUUUUUACAAGGGGCUAUGUAUGAACCAAAAUAUGCAACAGUAAUGAAAUCGGAAAUUAUCAAUAGAAGAGACUUUCAGAACCCUUUUGCACCCUCAUUCUUUCAUCACCCUUUUUGCGGCCUCUCCCUUUUUUUUUUACCCUUUUUAGCCCACCAAGAAAGAAAGGCUGAAUAAAGGCCGCAAAACGGGACCCUUUUACCGGCCUUUUUGCAGUCACUCCCUUUUUCACCCGUUUUCCGCACUUCCGAGCAGUGUUCCAAGGUUUUUGUGACCUGUUCCUGAAAAUGUGUCUUUUUGCGUUUUUUCAUCAAACUUUCAUCAGACUAUGUAAUGAGAUCUUUAUUUGUUCUUUGCCCCUAUCAAAAUAAGUCAACUGUUUUGCUUAAUUAAGGGACCAAAAGCCACAACAAGUGUCGAUUUUUGGCGAAUGGUGGUCCAAGAGAAGGUGCACACAAUUUGCAUGUUGUGUGAGGUUGGGUCUAUUCAUUUUUCUCAAUUUGUUUUUUUAUAUUUCGAAAAAAAUUUAAUACUUUAGACAGUAGAAUAUGGGAAAGAAAAAAAUGUCACCAGUACUGGCCGUUGGAAGAAGGGAGACCUCUUAUUUUUCGGAGGUAGGAUAAGCAAGUUUCAAAUUUUUUUCUUGACUUGAUGCGACGAUUUACGACUUGCGCAGCGUUUUUUUGGCGUCAAUUCGAAAAAAUUCCGUUUGCAUUUUUUUGGGCUUACCUUUUGUAUUAAAAAAAUAAGUCAAAUACUUCUUGAAGUUAUGUUUUUCAGCAUUUUUUUAUUAGUUUCGAAAAUAAAAUUUAACUAGUUGAAAUUUUUUUGAGUUUACUCCUGAAAUAGAUUCAUUUUUUGCGAGCUUUUCACUUUAUUCUUUGCCGAAAUACAGUAUAAUUUUUAAUCGCAGGUCUUGAAGCGAAAAGCGGUAAAAAAAAGCUCUGCAUACUGUAGUUUUCCUUAGUUAUCUUAAACUUUACAAGUUCGCGCGGAAGUCAAUAUGAACCGCCAUUUCGAGACGAUGAAUGGGAAUUAUAUGUCCGAUUUGCGGCUAGCUUGAGAGACGGAGGGGCGUGGCUUGUCUGCGCUCUCCACCAACCAGGCACUAUCUUAUUAUUUAUCGUAUCAGGACCCUUUCCAGCACUGAAACAACUGUUGAUAGGUCUUUACCUUCUUCGUUUUUCAGACUUUUCGGUGACAAUGAUGAGAGGCAGCAAGGACAGCGACGGGAGCCUGAGCAAGUGCUGGCUGUUCGUAGAGUCGGGCCCCGUCAAGCUGAAGGUCCGUCACCUGCUCUUCAAGGGCUGGCCCGACAAGACGGUCCCGAUCCGGAACAACGAGGUCCUCACCCUCCUCUACCACGUCCGUCAGGCUCUCGGCCCGGUCGUCGUCCACUGCUCGGCUGGCAUCGGUCGUACUGGUUCUUUUGUGCGUAUUCGAAUCUUUUCGUUCCAGAAAAAAGUCAUUAACGGUUUCUAGACAUGCGGCCGGUGAAUCUUGGGGUUAGGGGUGUCAAUGAUAUUUUCUGGCAAUUUUCGGGUCCACGAAAUCGUACAGAAAACCUACCUCUGUAGAAAAACUCCAUUAAACGCAGGCUCAAGUGAGAGCCUGCCCGUCAGCCUGUCGGUCACCGACCAUUCUCCAAACCCAGCCCGGCCCGCCCUGGGCGAGCCCUCAAACAAUAACGGUCGUCCUGACCCUAAGAGCGCAAUUCCUCCUCAAGUCGAAUAUCAGGCAUUUUAAUACAAAAAUCACCUCUAUCUUUUUUUCACGUCAAGUUUAACAGAAGCUAUGGUUUAACGUAUGUAAAGGGGAUUACAUGAAUUUUAUUCGAAGCCUGAUUCUUCGCAAAAAGUGAGACCUGAAGCCCGGCCCCGGCCGGAAUGAAAUUUGUACUCGGAGAGCUUUUUUGACUUAUAGAGGCUUGGGGUGUCUUUCCGCUAGAAACUGGAAUUUUAAGCGUAUGUCGAAGAAAAAUAGAGCAACUUGUAUUGGUUUUUUUUUAAAUUUGAAGCUGCACCAACUUACACGUUUUCCCUGCAUAGGCUACAUUAUUAAGACCAUUGAGAGAUUUUUAAUCCCACCCUCUCUCUCAUCACAGACUUGCUCAAUAACGUCAAACUCACAGGUAGCCGCGGAAGUUGGACUCCAGACCUUGAACGCAGGUCAACGGCUGAACUUGCUGGAAGUUUGUCAACUCUUGAGAAGUUUGUUCUGUUCCAAAAAAUGGUAUCUUAUUUGGCUUUUCUCAGACUUUCGUAUGAGCAGCGUACAGGUGGACGUGCAGUACCUGGCCGUCGCCGAGAUAAUUGCCGACUUUGGCUGGAGUAUGUACUAUUGGGACGAUCAUUCACUCAGAGAUGUCUAGAAUCAAUAAAUGACUCGAUAAGUGGCCGUAUUUCAGAGCUACGACUUGCUGAAAGCCAACAUUGCCAAUUUCGUGCAAAGUAGAGGCCCCGAGGCGGCUCCCGUCAUGCAGAAGCCCAUCCUGGAGCCCAAAUUUCAGUUUGUACGCGUUUUUCAAUGCUUCUUCCGUUUCAUCAAGCUUCUCAAUGCAGCGACAAACGAAGGAAGACGAAUCGGAGGAGAAAAAACAGGCGGAGAAGUUUAUACGCACCCUUCAGCAGCCGACGAUUACUGAGGUUAAAAAUGGAAAAAUAAUUAUCAAAAAAUAUUUUAGCCUUGUUGGAUGAGAAGAAAAAUAAUUGAAGUCCGAAAAAGUUCCUUUAGAAGUAGGCAAAAAGUUUUUGGCGUGUUUAUCGGACAAAACGAAAAUUGUUCCGAAACGCGAUAGAAUUGCUUCAAAACAAAAAUUAGUACUGUUUUGGAGCAAUUUCGGCGCGCCAAUGGACUCGAUUUUUCGUUUCGAAGCAUGUUCCGUUUUUCCGAUGAACACGCCAUUUAGAAUUCACAAAAAAUACCUGAGAAAUCGUACAUGUGCGCUCUAUUGAGAAACGGUUGAAAUAUGGAUAAACGCUUAGCUAGGGCUUCUCGAAAAAAAAAAAUUGAAACGGGAGUUAUAAAAAAACAGUUAAGAAAUGGCCUUUGGUCUCAUAUACUCUGCUGUGAAAAUUAAAUAUAGGCUGAAAAUUUUCGGACCUCGGUAACGAGACCCGGACGUGCUCCGGACGUUUCUGAAAAAUUCUAACGAUCACUCGAGAGCGCUGAUAUUACUAAAGUGGUCACUAGAAAUGUCCCGACACGUCCAUUCCGCCUUACCGAGGUCCGAGUUGAUACAAAAAUAGCCACGAACUAUCAACCUUUUACGCUCUAUUGAGAAAAUUUUCCAGUCGGCUGAAAUUAUCGGUGCGCCUCCUGUUCCCCGAAGAUCCAAGGUUUUUUUUUUCAAAUAGUUGAAAAUAGAAAAAUCAUGAAAAUGUUUAAGCGUAGCUCGAAUAAUGUACCACGCCAACAGCAGCCGCAGCACAUUCAUCACGUCCACCUUUUCACGCCGGCUCCUCCAAUAAAUCCGGUUUUCAUUUUCUUCUAAUUAGGGAACUUUUCAGUCAUUGGUUGAGCUUUUGAUGUCGGUUUAGUAUAUGAACUUUCGAACUUUGAUGAUACAUUGGCUGAAGCGUCCUCUAGGACCUGAUUCUGAAACAAAAAAAGAAAGUCUUGCUACUGACCCUUUUUUCCGAUUUAUUGUGCUUUAAAGUUCGAAAAAUACAUAAAUAUUUUAGAUUAUUUCAGGGUUUUAAAGAUCUAUAAAGAAACUUUAGCCAAGUUUCACCAAAGGAAGUAAGAAAAUUUUCGCAAUAGAUCCUUUUCCUCAAGCUUUAGUUCUCAAAAGUCUGAAAAUUACACAAAUUUUUAGGAAAAAUGCGUUAUUUGAGGGUUUUGAGACCUCAUGAAUUUUCAAUCGGAUGGUUUUUGAGACAACAUUUUUUUUUCUAGAGUCAGGAUGUCCUUAGGUACACUCUAGCCAAGUUUUCCUAGGAGGAUAUUUUAAAGUUUCGCUACUUCUUCUGUUUAUAGAGCUUUAAAGUUCGAAUAUGCACCCAUUUUUUUUUUCGUUUUUUGAAGGUUUCGAAGCUCAAUAAGUUGAAAAUUAGGUUUAUUGAGAGACAUUUUUUUUCUCGUUUAAAAGCCAGAGGUCCUAAGAAGUCUUUAAAAAGUUUGAGGAUGGGCUGAAAAAAAAGCUGCUAGUAAGAAAGAAAGAUCAAUAAAUCUUAAAAAAAUUAAGAUGCCGGAAACUGGGAACAAAGCGGUACCGCCAACAAACAACCAAUAUGCGCCGCUUGCCGCCUUUAAGGGGGUAAUUUUUGACUUUUUUGUGACCUUAUCAUUGUUCAACUGCCUUGAAGGUCUAAAAAGAUUAAAAAUUGAAUAAUUUCAGACUGUCGAGGUUGCGUGUUAUGCGGCAACCCUGCCACCUACGAAACAGCAAUUUCCAGUUCCGGUACGAUUUUGAAAUUCAUCAGUUUGGGAAACAUAUCGAAUCAGGCCCAUAAAAACCGCUCAUUUUUGGAAAAGAGAGCAAAAAAGAUAUUAUCUGUCUUUGGACAGGCUAAUCAAAUUUUCCGCAUAAUUUGAAAAAACACGGUCGCAUUUGGAAAGGCUACAAUCGUAACGAAAUUUACCUAAAGACCUUUUUUUCAUCAAGAGUUAUUUCUUCUUCAAAGUUCUCUUGAAAUUCAGUCUGACUAUGCCCCUAUGAAGCCCUAUCAGCCGACACCUGCUAGCAAGGUUUUCUUCUUUUUUUACUAGGUCAAGAAAAAGAAAAAUGAAUUAAGGAGAAGCCAGAAGCGAGACCGACCGUAGCGCCUCGCAAGAAACCGUCAACAGCGGCUGGAAAACCGGCUGCAGGCUUCCCCAAGGUUAAUUACCGUUGAAUAAAUAUUCUGCAAAGUUUAUUUUGUUUCCACAGCUCAUUUUUAUGACUUGAAACGGGAUAUGACACCAUUUCGUCCCUUUUUCUAGCCAGUUUGAUAUUUAUCGCAAACUUGGAUGUCUUUGGUAGAAGUUGUCGUUCUCCCUUUGAUAGAAUUCCUUUUUAAUAAUAAUUAUUGACAGAUAAGCGUGAACCCUAACGUUCACUUGGACCUAGAAUUUAAUAGAAUACAUUAUACAAUUAUACCCUUUUUUGAAAGGAAUUUGAAAGUUCCAGGGAGUUGAAACUUUUGAUUCUCCACGGCUACCAGUACCAUUGCAGAACACAAUGAAACACAUGAAUUCAGUAAUUUUUGGAGAAGCAUGAGCUUUGGAAUGGAUGAAGCGAAGCGUACGCGUCGCGGUCGUUUAGAUUUUCUGGCUAAUGGCUCAGAAAUUUUCAGAAAAUCGAUUUUAGUUCUCUCAAGAAAUGUAUCGGAGUCAAAGAGAUCAAUCAUCCAAAAUAUUUACAGAAAUAGGCCGUUUUCUAGUGUUUUUAUACUUUGCUUUGAAGAAAAGAUAGAGAAGAUUACUGAGAGACUUUCCUGACUGCUUUUAGCCGUAAAUUUCGUAUUUUUUGAAAUGACUCCUUCUUGCUACGGGUCCGCGUCGCAUGAUCUUUUUUUUUGAAAUAAUUUUUUCAUGGUUUUUUCAGCCGAUUAUGGCUCAACAACAGGGUCAACCUCUGCCCGUACCUAUGCCCUGUGCCUUGGCGAAUCUUCCGCCUCCAAUCAAGGUUUUGAGUAUUUUGAAAACUGACGCCGUGUUCAAAGUCAUUUCCGCGAAAUGCAAAAUGGUCUCUGACUCUCCAAAAUUUAGUUAUAGUUCUCUUUUAAGAAAUAGUUUUUAAUUAUUUAAUAUUCAGCCCCUCGAACCGCACCAGCAAUUCCCAGCCGCGAUAGCUAGAAAGCAUCUUCCGACGCUGAAGGUUUUGGAGUUCAGAAAGAAAAAAAAAAUGGAAGAUUUUUUUAGCCAUAUGAACAGCAAUCGACUCCGACGGCUCAGAAUCUUAAGGUUUUGCUAGAGAAAUUUGAAAUUUUUGAAAUCUUAAUAAUAGUCACGAAAUGUAAGAAUAACUGUCGAGAUGGAAGCGAUAUCGCCUGAGCUACAUUGACGACAUCGCGAAAGUCCCGCAUUGUAUAUAUCUGCGCCGGUCUUAAAUUUUUCUCGGCACGACCUCGCAUUUUGGAAAAUUUUUUUGUCUGCGAGAGAAAAGCGAUAAAAAUGCGAGUCCCGCGCGAGAAUGGAGCGACACUUUUGCGACCUUUUGCUAAAAUAAAGGCUUCAAAACAAGUAUCAUAAAUGAAGGAUUCGAAAAAUGUUAAGCAUCUGGAAACGCAAUGUUCAAAUUCUCCUUGGCCAACCGCGACGGUUACUUACAAUCCAAUACCGGCGCCGACGCUAAAGGUUUUUAACUUAUACACAUAUUUAAAUAAGUUUUUGAUUUCAACUAACGGAAAAAUAGUUUUUAAAUCUUAAUCUUAGAAAGGAAUUUUUAAAAUUGGAGGUACGGACUUUUCUUGUGAAUAUAGGAUUAAGCCAAUAAUCCAAUUUUUAUAAUCCCUUUUAAAAGCCUUUCAUUGGUUAUUUCGAAAAAAUGAUUUUCUAACCUUCUGGUGAGAUAUAUAUUCGCACUUUAAAAAUCAAAAAUUUCGGCUUAAAGCCAAGUUUCCGCUGUCUGAUAUUUGCCUGCCAGUUUCAGCUGUCUGAUAUCUGCCUGCCAGUUCCAGCGGCUUCAAACUUGCCAAAACCCGCACCAGCCUCUCAGGUUUCACAACACUGUAUCUUCGUGGUCGCAUUUGGAAUGGUUUUUCAGUCGCCGACGUUGGCCUACGUUCCCCUGAAGACGACUUUCCAAACAAAAAAUGGUUAA